AUGCCGUCCACAAAGGUGAAGGCAUUGGGUCUGUUGCUGGUCCUCUUUGGCCUCGGCCAGCACGUGCAGCUCGGCUCGACCCAGGCCGCCGGCCUCGUCGACCGAUUGGUGCUCAACGCGGCCACGAGCGCGCUGCAGGAGGCCUUCGAGCUGAUGAAGCACAAGAAGCCGACCGAGAUGUGGGACGAGUUCAUCCAGUUCGUCUUCCCGACAGGCCCAGACAACACCAGGGUGUUGCCGUACGAUGGGGUGGUGGACGUGAAUUCGGUGGCGGCGGUGCUCAACGGCAAGGGGUGGGACGUCAUCUUCGAAGAGGGCUAUCACAACUACCUCCAGCGCAUCGGCCACAAGAAGGCCGUCCGCACCUGCUUCAAGGGCCGGUUCAAUACGGGCAAGACGUUCGUGUUGGGGAUGUUCGCCGGCUCGCCGCCCCCGAACGGGUACACGCUGCACACGCCGGGCCUGAGCGUGAAGUACGUCAACACCACGAGCGGCCUCGACCUCCUCUUCAUCGACACCGCCGGCACCGACGUCCCCGUCCUCAAUGAGCUGCAGCUGUUGGAUCGGAGGUUGACGGACGCGUUCCUGCAGGAGCUGAUCUUUUCGCUGUGCGACACGGACAUCUUUGUGGUGAACCAGGUCACCCUGGCCGACCAGAUCUUCCUCACCGCCCUCCAGAAGCGGCUCCAGCGCGACUACCCCCACCAGAAGGUGAAGGAUCGGUUGCUGCUGCUGCACAACCUGAAGGACAUCGAGGAGGUGGCCGACGUGCAGAAGGUGGUGGAGGAGGACAUCAAGGGCGCCUUCAACGCCACCGAGGGCGACAACGAGGGCACCUACUACACCUCCCAGCACUUCUACCACUUCAUCGUGGCGCGCCAGGGCACGGCGGCGGGCCAACACUACAACCAACGCACCAUCAACUUCCUCAACAACCUCCUCGCCAGCAAAAUGGACCGCAAGGAGGUGUCGUCGCUGCUGCCGGAUCUUAUGCAGCACGCCGAGCGGCUGCUCAAGACCAAGUACCUCGUCAAGGUGCCCAGCAAGGAGGAGGUCGCCACCCAGCAGCAGCAACAAGCCGCCAACACCCAAGCCAACGUGGCGAACUACCUGGGGGUCAAGUACCUGUUCGACCUGGCGGCCCAGCCCAGCGCCGGCGCCGGCGCCGAGAGUGCGCCGCCGAUGCGGGAGGAGGUGGACAUCAACGGGCGGGUCAACUUUGAGCUCACCUUCCACGAGGCGUCGGGCGCGGUGCGUGACGAGGGCAGCGGCCGCACGACCAACUACAUCCCCUCGAUCAGGCCCAAGACGGAGGUCGGCCCCGAGAUCAGCAUCUCGCCCUUCCUCCAAUUCAAGGAGGACGGGUUCGUCGACUUCAUGUUCAACGGACUCUUCACCCAGCCGAUGACGGUGGGGCAGAAGGACGGCAAGGUGACGAUCACGGUCGACGUGCCGGGCGUCGAGAAAGUCCACUGGCAGACGCUGGGCAACCAGGUCUUCAUCCGGGGGUGCCGAGGGGUGCAGAACGACUUCGAUCGGAUGCUGCGGGAGGAGCGGUUCGCCGGGUGCUUCCAGAAGCACCUCGAGGUGCCCCAGUUCUUCAUCGAUCGCGCCCAGAGCGUGGCCACCCACGAGCACGGCGUCUUCACCCUCACCCUCACCAAAGAGGAGCCCUUCCUCUAA